AUGGCUCCUCCGACCAACGAGGAAUUGCAGGAGCAAGUGAUGCAGCUGCAAGUGAUGCUUCGGCAGAUGCAGGGCAAUGUGGUCAGCAAUGUCGCACAUGUGGAUUCAUAUAAGGUUCCGAAAAUUCCGCCGUUCUUAAUUAAAAAUCCGGUGAUAUGGUUUAUUCAAAUCGAGGCCACGUUCGAGGCCACUCGAAUCACAGAGCAAAAGACUAAGGCGCAUCACGUGAUUAUGUCUCUGGACGCAGAAGCCAUCGCGUGCUGCAGAGAUCUCAUCGCGGAGCCCGAUGUGAACGAACCAUACACCAAAUUAAAACAGCGCCAGGUGCUUACGUCAGGGAAACCGUCGCAGAUCCUCAGUCGACUUCGUAACUUGAACUCUGACAAACGAUGUGACGACGCCGUAAUAAAAAUUGUGUUCUUUGAACACUUAUCACCACACAUUAGAAGCAUUCUUGCGACUACCGAAAGCACGGAUCUGGACAAAUUAGCCAAAAUGGCGGAUAAAAUAGUUGAGACCGUGGGUGAUUCUGCGCAAUGUGCCGCCGCAUCGUCGUCAGAGUUUAAGCCGUCCGACUUAGAAGCUAGGAUCGACGGUCUGGCCGCUGAUAUUGCUACUCUCGCGGCUGAGGUCAAGCGAUACAGCAGAUCUCAGACGAGAGAAGGCAAAUAA